AUGUGUCCUUCAUUAGAUUCUUCAUCUAUGCCGGCCAUCUCAUUGAAUAAUACACAAAUUCGAACUUUAAUUAAUAUUUAUCCACCUACACCAACUUUAAUGCCAUCUGUAAUUGCACAAAAUCUUCCAAUGAAUCCAAUAGAUUUACGUAAAUAUACUUCAUCAAUGGUUUCUACUCAAGCUUUAUACCAAUUUUAUUUUCCUCAUUUAUUUUCUCUUCAAAAUCAACAACAAACACAUGAAAUAAAUGAUCGUGGAAUAAAACGAUCGAAUACUUCAGAUGAAAUAUCAUCAUUACAAAAACGAAUAUCAAAUAUACCACAAAAACGUUUUGAUUUUGCUAAAUUAGCUGAUGAAGCUAUUAAAGAUAAAGAAGAAAUAUCUAAUUCUUCAACACCAUUGGAUGUCAGUAGUAACAAAAUAGACUUAUCCGUAUCAUCCACAACAUCUUCUCAACCAGCACCAGCUGCUAUCACUAGUGGUGUUUCAUUACUUACCUCUAAUACUACUCUUAAAUCUUCUCAUUCUUCAACUCAUUCGGCAUUUCAUCCAGUACUUAUUACAAAUAAAAAUACUUUAAAUAAAUUAUCACGUCGUUCAUAUUCAUCCAAUAAUACUAAUAAACAUAACAGUAUUAAUGGUAUUAAACGAAAAAAACGAGCUAAAGAACAUAUAUGUCAAUAUUGUAAUCGUCAUUUUACAAAAUCAUAUAAUUUAUUAAUUCAUGUUCGAACACAUACAGAUGAACGACCAUAUAUAUGUGACUUAUGUUUUAAAGCAUUUCGUCGACAAGAUCAUUUGAGAGAUCAUAAAUAUACUCAUUCGAAAGAAAAACCAUUCAAAUGUCAUGAUUGUGGUAAAGGUUUUUGUCAGUCACGUACACUUGCUAUGCAUAAAGCAACUCAUCAACAACCGCCAAUUCAUCAUGGCCGGUUUCGAAAACGUGAAAAACUUGUUGCUCUAUUAGGUCGAACUGAUACUGGAAAAACAAGUACAUUUAAUUUAAUGACAGGUCUAUCUCAACCAAUUGGUAAUCGAAUAUCAAGUACAACACAUCAAUGUUAUUCUUAUUCAAAUUUUAUUGAUACACCUGGUUUUGGUGAUACACGUGGUGGUGAAUCAUCUCAUCUUUCUUUAAUAGAUUUUUUUAUUUCACUUUCAUCUGGUAUUGAUAUUCUUCUAUAUUUUGUUCGAUAUGGAGCAAUGAAUUCAACUGAUCUUGAUUUAUUUGUUGAUAUAUAUAAACGUAUAUUAUCCAAUGAAGCUUAUUCAAAUUCUUGUCUUGUUAUAACUGAUUAUUCAUUACCAAAUCUAGAACAAGUAAAUAUUAAUGAACAUGAAGAAAGAAAAUAUCUUCUUAAACAAUUACAUGAUAAUGAUAAAUAUUCAUAUAUAUUAGAUAAAUUUGAUCAUCGUGUUAUAUUUAUUGAUAUAUCUCCAUAUAAUUAUAAACGACGAGAAAUAUCAAGAGAAAUAAUUGAUAAAUUUCUUCAUUCAUUUCAACCAAUAAAACGUUUUAAUUGUCAAAAUCUUCAAGAUGCAUAUCGUCUUCUUCGACGUACACAAGAAAUGGAAACACUUUGUUUAGAUUUAAAAACUCAAAUUGAUCAAUUAACAACACAAAAUCAACAUUUAACACAUUUAUAUGAACAACAAAUACGACAUUGUAAAGAUUUAGAAGAAUCAUAUCAACGUUCAACAAAACAAUUAGAACAAAUACAUGAACAAACUUUAUUAACUAUUGAAAAUAAUCAUCUAAUAACAAUUGAAGAAAUGAAACGACAAGAAUUUCGUAUACGUGAUGAAGUUAAACAAGUACGACAUCAACUCGAAGAAAUUGAACGUGAAAUGGACAGAAGUAUAACAUUUAAUGUUUUUUCUUAUAUUCCACUUAUUCAUAUUGUAACAAAUAUUAUUGAAUUAAAUACUAAACGACGUAUUACACAACGUAUUCGAAAAACAUUACAUUCGAAAAAGAAAGGAUUGUAA